AGAAAAAUGAGAAAAUGCAUAAAAUAAAUGAUGAAUCUGAAUACUUAUCUGAACUAAAUGACAAAGAGAUUCAAAAAAUGAAAGCUGUUAGUGAACAUAAUGAUAAAGCUGGUAGAAAUAGAACAAAGGUUAGUGAUUACAAUAGUAGUGGAUUGCCAACAGUAGUCACAACUUUGGUAGUGG